CGAACAUAAUUAUGCAAAUGGCAAAGAAGUAAUAACACUGAAUCACUGAUGCUUCAUGUUUGGCACGCUAUUGAUAGUGUUUGGUUCGAAAGGCUAUAAAAGCUGAAUUAAGACUCACCUAAAUUCCCAAGCUUUUCUACAAAAUCCAUCUACUACUAAUUAAUUUCCUUGUUUAAUUUCUUCAUAUCCCCAUAAAUAAAAGCGUCAUCUCCGAAUACAAAUAGUAGAGAAAAUGGUUGGCUCUUCUUUCAGGGGCUGGUGUCGUUUUUUUCAGUACGAUGAAGGUACUAAAGAGGACGAUAAACAGAAGAAUAGAGCCCAAGCACGCAAUGCUCUCUUAGUAGUUGCGACCCUAAUAGCUACAAUGACCUUCCAAGCUGGGGUUAACCCUCCUGGCGGUAUAUGGCAGAGUUCAGAAGACGGGACUAAUAAAAAAGCAGGCACUGCUAUUUUUGCAUCUGAACCAUCACCCUACUAUGUUUUCUUGACUUCAAACACCCUAGCCUUUUCUGCAGCGCUACUUGUUAUUAUGUCUCUCACGCAUAAAUUUCCUUUCCAGUUUGAAGUACGGGUUGCUUCUAUUUCAAUGAUUAUAACUUACGGAUCUUCUAUUUUCUUUGUUACCGCGAACGAUGCCACGAAGUUUCGACUCGUCUUGAUUGUAGCAGCUGCGCCUUUAAUGAUUCGGUGUUUGAUUCAGCUAUUAGUUUCGUUGAGAACCAGGGAAGACCCUCCAUGUUUGAUCCAGGUAAUUGCCAAGCCUAGAAAUAAGACAACAGAGCCCCUGAGAGACGAGAUCCAGCCCGCACAAACUUAGCAAGAUGGAGAAAAAUGAACGUUUUAGGCAGACGCUCGCAACUCCUAUAAGUUUGAGCGUGAACAACUUGUAACUCUAGCUAUUUAUAUGUUAUGGGAUACGGUUUGCCGGUUUCUUAAGAUAGGAUAAAAUGAAAUAAUAAGGAAAACAUUAGACAUCUCAAAAGAAAAAAAAAAAAAAAGACAUUAUUAAAUAUAGUUUUAUUAGCGCAUGUGUGGGCUAUAUUAAUUGUCUCCCAAUGUUAUGUAAAAAUUAUGUAAAAUAAUUAAUUAAGAAGCUAAAGUGUGUAAUUUGUUAUGUACAAAUUAAUAAAUAAAGUACUGUGUGCUUUUGUUAUUUCAAUUUUAAAAAAUAAAAAGUACGAGUG